AUGCCCUCAGAACAGUACGCCCCCGUCCUCGACCAGCCAUACCACCAGGACACUGGCAUCCAGCAGCAGGCGAAAGUAUGCAUAUCCUGCCAUGUCACCCUUCUCGAUCCAGGUCUCGCCCUCCAGGACCCCCAGCAAUGUACCCUCUGUCGUGAGAAGCCCCAACCGCCCCUCGUACCACCGCCGGACCUCAGACAGCUCCGAAUCGACCAGGAUACACCGUACGCUCUUCGACAAGCCGCUCAUGAGUCCCAGAAUCUACCCAGCAUACGGCGCUCCCAGGAGUCGCACCCAUCCGCCUUUGAGACAGCACCAUCUGAACCCGCCCACCCAUAUCGCUCACCGGCUCUGGCGUACGCCAGGAAGCCGAUAUCGCUAAAUAUUCCAUGUAAUACCACACCUGCACCCGCCGUCGUGCCGCGGCACCACCAGGCGCACUUCCCAACAGCCGCCGUACCGACGUCGUACGAGUCAAGUACCGUCCGGCAGCAUACAAGCGCCUUAGCGUACUGUCCGGAUCCAUUCGCUGACAUCACCCGUUUGCGGGUCAGGCCACGCGCGCACCACUGUCUGUAUGCAGGGGCGACCUUCGAAGGCACGCAGAAGUCGGGCAGGAACAGCUACGACGUCAAUGUCACUAUUGUGGAUGUGGACCUCGCUGCCUCGACGCUGUGUGGGUAUCUUCGCAUUCGCGGACUUACGGACGAUUGGCCCGAGCUCACAACGUAUUUCGAUGCCGAGAUUAUUGGCAAUCGGUAUGGGUUCCUGACGCAGAACUGGGGCGCGACGCAGCAUGAGGACAUUGUGCAUUGGUCGAGGUUCCCGGCCUUCAAGCACAUCAAGAAUGAGGCCAAGAGACCGCAUAUGACGAUCGACGACCAGGACCGCGGAGUCGUCUUCAUGCGCUGGAAGGAGCGGUUCCUCGUCCCAGAUCACCGAGUGCAUGAUAUCAAUGGUGCGAGCUUUGCAGGCUUCUACUAUGUUUGUAUUGAUCUCAAUCCCCCUGCUACGACGUCGUCUCCGACUCAGACUAGGUCAGCGUCCCAGCCGGCACCGAUGACGAUAGAUUGCAUGGACGAUAUACCUGGGUUCUCUCCGCGUAAGACAGGAGGGCGCCGAUCUCGACGGGAUUCAAGCGUGCGACGUCGCGGUCCCUUUCUGGCACCUGUGGCGCCUCCGGUGGCCACAAUGAGCGGAUUCUACUACCAUCAAAAUUCAGAGCCGUAUCAGCAGCUGUCUCUUGCCCACGUUCCGGAGGACACUAGCUCGAGCUUUGAAUUCCGUUGA